CUCAACCAAUUUCAUUAACCCAAAAUUUUUCUCUGAACCCUAAUCAUUCACCAUUGGAUUUCUAGCUCAAAUUCGACUUGAUAAAUUUCGGAAUCGUCAUAAUCAUCAUCUCGCGAGGACUGAAACUGCUGGUGCAUGAAAAGGAGUAUAGUUGUUGAGGCAGUUAGAUUUGGUUAAGUGCAGUUAAAGGAAUUAGUUAGCAGCAGAAUUAGCUAGUUAAUUAGGUGGUUAUUAGGUAAAAUAGCUAAUCUUCUAUAAAUAGCAUUGUACUCUUCUUCAAUUAAUAAUCAAUUAAUGAAAUGGAAUAUCGUUUUCUCUCUUAUCUUCCUCUCUCAAUACUCUGCAACUUCCGGUGAAUUCUCCGGUCAAGUUCCGGUGCCUUCCUCGGUGGCUGUUCAGACCCCAGCCGCCCUAGUCUGCACCAACUGCAUUCUACCGAUGGGAAAAACCAGCGCACGUGGUGAGGGGAAGUCGAGUGCAGAUCGCAAGUUCGAUAAGAAAUUGGAGUUUUACGAGAAGGUCAGAGCAGCAGUUACCAGCAAAGCUAUCAGCAAGGAGCAAAAGCAAAAGAAACGAAGCAGGCAAAAGAAACUAAAAGCAUAUGAUCUGACCUCCCUCACAGAGUGCCUCCCUGAGUUGAAAGCUCCAUCAGCAUCAGCACCAGUCGAAUUGAAACUUAAUUGCAAAAGGAGAAAUGACCUAGUGGUUAAAGAGAGUAAUAAGUUGAAGAUGGUUAUCAACCAUCCAGUUUAUCAGUCGGAUCCUUUGGCUGCCAUUUAUCAACAUUUGCAGACGACACAGCCUGCCCCUGAUAAGAAGCCUAAGAAAAAGGAUGGUAAAGCUAGAAAAAGUAAGACGAAAAAGAAGAAGUCUAAAGACACAGAGUCGAUGGAUAUAUAAAUGCAAGGAUUUGGAUUUCUUCAUUUUCUGCUACGGGUGCCUUCUGGCACCAGUUUUGCAAACAGUUGUGCGUGUAGUUUCAUGGCAUGCAAGUCAUUCCUUCUGCUGUAGAACUUGGAGAUGUGAAGGUGUAACACUGAAUCAAUCAGUAAAUGGUGGGCAUGAACUAUUGGUUUAGAUUUCAUGGUAUGUGCAUAGUUAAGGCAGCCUAUUUUUGUUAGGACUUUACUGCAGUAUAACUAAAAAGAGUGAAAGGAGUUUUUUUUUGUGCCUGAAUAUAAGAAAUGUAUUGGGAUUCGUGAUU